AUGUGGCUCGCACGCAUGCCCCAGCUUGGGCUGCUGCUGGCUGCCUUACUGCAGCUCGCAGCUGCAGCGACUCCACAGGCUCCGCUCGCCACCGGAAAGUACUAUUACGAGGCGGACGAGGCGGCUUCCGCUCUUCAAGCCGGCCGCACGCGCAGGAUCGCCAUCAUCGGUGCAGGGCCCUCGGGCACAUCGGCAGCGUACUAUCUCAAGCGCGCACAGGAUCGGCUUGCGUCCGGCAACUUCUCCGCCACUACCGAGGCGCUGGACAUCACCAUCUACGAGCGCGAGAACCGCAUCGGUGGCCGCGUCGCCGUCGUCUAUCCGCACGACGAUGAUACGCACGACCCGAUCGAGCUCGGCGCAAGCAUCUUUGCCGACGUCAACCUCAACCUGCGCCGCGCCGUCAAGCAUUUUGCGCUCGAGACAGGUGCGCAUAUGGGCAUGGACGGCCAGAUGGGCAUCUGGGACGGCCAGCAGUUUCUGUUUGAGGGCGACCAGAGCAGCUGGUGGACGAGCGCCAAGUUCUUUUUAAGGUACGGAUACAGCGCCAUCACCACCGAAAGCGUCGUCAAGAAGCAGCUCGCCGCGUUCGGCGCGCUCUAUAGCCCGAGCUUCCUGCAUGCGCGCGGCCAAGCGGAGCGAAAUGCGGCUGCGACCGCAUCCGGUUAUCCGUGGACGUCGAUCGAGCGCCUGGCGGAUGCGGUGAAUGCGUCGGCACUCGCAGCCACGACGGGCAUGCAGUUCUUCAAGGAGCGCCGCGUGUCGGAGCUCUUCAUCGAGGAGAUGGUGGAGGCGGCGACGCGCGUCAACUAUGCGCAGGACACGGACCAGAUCCACGGCUUUGGCGCGCUGGUCAGCCUCGCCGCCUCGGGCGCCACGGGUGUCAAGAAGGGCAACUACCGCAUCUUUGAGGAGUUUGCACGUCGCAGUGGCGCACGCGUGCUCACGGGCGUCCAGGGGCAGGUGACAGGCAUCGUGCGGCUCCCCAAACCCACACGCGGCCGACGCGUUGCCAACGACGUGCAGUGGUACGUGGGCGCCAAGAGUGGCGAGGGCGAGGUGUACGAUGCGGUGAUCAUUGCGACCCCGUGGCACAACGCCGACAUUACGCUGCUCAACACGCCCGAGCGCGUCAAGGCCAAGCCGUUUGUACACCUGCAUGUGACACUGCUCACUACGACGCGCGCCAGUCCAAGGCCCGAGUACUUUGGUCUCGGGUCGCAGGAUGUGGUGCCCCGAACGAUUCUGACGUCGGACGAGAGCGUGAGGCGCGCACAGGACAAGCACAAGCCUGUGCCUGAGCCUGAGCCCGAGGAUCCGGGAACCGAGCCGCCUUCGUUGGGUGGCAAGCUCAAGACGCCCAAGCACGAGUUUUUCUCGCUCAACUACCUGCGUUCCAUCGAGCGCAACCUCUCCUCGAACAAGGAAAAGGAGUAUGUGGUCAAGAUCUUCUCGGCCGCGCCGGUGACGGACUCGAUGCUGGAUGCGUUAUUUGGGAGGGAGACGCUGACGUGGGUGCGCAGACACGAGUGGGACUCGUAUCCGUACCUGACCCCGACGGAGCGCUUCCCGGCGGUGCAGAUUGAUGAGGGGCUGGUGUAUCCGAAUGCGAUGGAGUCGCUCGUAUCGACCAUGGAGACGUCGACCAUCGCGUCGAGGAAUGCAGUCGCACUGCUGCUGGAGAAGUGGUACGGCGCCGAAUUCGUGCAUGGCUCCGAGUGCAGCUUCGAGGAGCUCAAGGAUCCCAUGGACAAUCCCAACUGGGCCGGCUGGGGGUGUGAUGCUGCCUGA